CAGUCGGGCUGGAUGACAUGUGCUUUUUCACCCCUUCUUUCUAUCAGCUGGUACCUCCAAGUUUGAGUUCAGUUCCUUGGAUGGUAGGGGCCAGAGAUUUGAUUGAAACUCUGUUUAAAAAGGCAGUGACCCCGGAGCAGCAAGGGAUUCCUCAAGGAGCUUGCUGUUUCCUAAGGAGACAGAGUUGAACACCGCGGAGACUUGCCCUGUGCGAGGUGCUGCCCCAGGACGCAGGUGCGAGGCUCCAGGGAACAGAGCAGGAGGCACCCUGGCCGCUCUGGUGAAGGGAGAGAGACGCAGGCCCCACCAGGGAGGGGUAUUUGGUGUGAACCCUGAGGGAGGGAGCGAAACCCACAGGCGCGAAGAGAGUGAGGAGGAGGGCAUCAGGCAGAGAGCAUCAUGACUAAAAGCUCAGAGGUGGGAAACCUGGAGGAGUUCAAAGAACAGCCUGUGUUAGGUAGAGCUGCAGAGCAAACCAAGUGAGAACGGCCUCCUCAGGUGUCUGCACACUCAGUCACACAUAAAUCAGCCUGUCCAAGGUGCAGUAGCCACCAUGACCUCAGUAGACUGAUGAUGGAAGAAAAGGAAACUGGGAGAUCCUGUGAUCUAGCUUCCCUGGACGAUGGAUGGAGGACAGCCCGUCCCUUCACCCCUAGUGCCCCUUGAGAACGCAUCAUCAGAUUCUAGCAUGUCUCUGGAACAGAAGACCACAUUUGUUUUUGUGAUUUUGUUGUUCAUUUUCUUGGGCAUCCUCAUUGUCAGGUGCUUCCGGAUUCUUCUGGACCCGUAUCGGAGCAUGCCAACCUCGACUUGGGCUGAUGGACUUGAAGGGCUGGAGAAGGGGCAGUUUGACCAUGCCCUUGCUUAGCAGAGGGGGUGCUCCAGAGGAGGUGAAGUGCAUCAUGAUUUGGCAAGGAUUUCUCUUUAGCCAAUAUUCUAAACACACCAAGUUUCAACAACACCCGGUCGUAGGUCCACAAUCCCUCCUUUAUUAACCAUGCCGUUGGGUUACAAAACAUUUGAGGAUAUGGGGGAUGAAGGUUUCUAACACUCGCCAAAAAUAGGAAGGUGUGAAUUUCUCUGUUUAAUCAACAAAUGAAUACUUCUGAAUACGUGUGGUGGUGAAAGCAAGAGCACCAGCACUGACAUAAACUUUGCCAUAAAAUGAAGCACUCUCCCCCCUCAACCAGAGAAUAAAGAACAUAAUGGCUCUGAAAUGAAUCUGGUCACGGGGCCACAAAGAGACUUCUUUGCUCUGAAGGUGUCUCUCAGUUUGCUUUACCAUCGUGGGAAUCGGGUCCCUGGCAGAGAGUAAGGAAGACUGUGCUGAGUGGACCGAAGGAUGUCCCCAUUCUCUCCUACAAAGCAGGCAGCUUUGGGGAGCAAACAGCGCAAACAGUUCAGCGCAAACAGUUCCAUCCUAGAAAAGAUGAGUGAGGAUGAGCUCAUUUUAUUUCUCAAAUACAACUGAAAUCAAAGACUUGCGGAGGUUUGAAAACGCUUCACCAGGCCAAGUACACUCUAGGUAUCUGUAUUAAUAACCUGUGUGGAGGGGUCGAUACAUAAUGCGAAUUUACUUUUUUCACCCACAUGACUGAAAUUCUGGGUUGCAAGGGCAGCUACGAGUCGUGUUUGUAAGCAAGAAGUUACUUGUCUAGAAGAGAAGACUUUCACAGUCUUAAGAGGAAUGUGUGUUUAUGACUGAAUAGGGAAGCCAAAUAAAACUUUGCAAGAAACGGUAGCAUCUCCUCUCCUAUUUCACCGAGACGAAUGCACUGGUGGCCACGUGUGAUACAGAAUGCGGAGGACAGAUAGUGUCCCGAGAGACAGAAAAAGCUGCAAGGUCAUCGAGUUCAACCCUCUCGCAUUUCAGAAAGGGCUCCCACAGAUCGUCCUGCCUGCGUACAACCUGUACUAAGCACUAUUUAAGACCCCAAAAAAGAGAGAUGAGAAAACCUCUUAUUCCACCUUCUAUUGUAGGAAAACCUUGUACCUAAAUGAAACUCCUGAAGCUGUAUUUAUAAUCUAUGUCUUCUAAUUUUCUCCUCAGCUAGCCAUCCUAUUUUUUUUUAGAGUUAAAAAGGCCAACCAUGCCUGAAAAGGCAGCCCUUAAAAAAAUGCUUUAUUGUCUCCCCCCCCUUUUUUUUAACAUUCUUUGGAGGACCUGCUGUGCAGAUUUCCCCCCUCCCCAUGUUGUCUUUGACUUAAAAAUAUUUGUUAAUUAAUUUUUUAAAAAUAAUUCCUACACCCAACGUGGGGCUUGAACUCACAAUCUAAUAUCAAGACUCAGCUUUUCCAAAUGAGCUAGCCAGGCACCCCUCUUGAAUUAAAAAAAUAAAUAAAAAAAAUAACAGCUUUAUUGAAAUAUAAUUCACAGGCCAUAAAAUUUACACUUUUAAAGCGUACAAUUCAGAGGCUUUUAGAUCCUUCCCAGAGUUGUGUGACCAUUACCACUGUCUAACUCUGGAAUUCUACACCCACUAGCAGUGACUUCCCAUCCCUUUCCACCCAGCCCGUGGCAAUCUUGAAUCCACUUUAUAUCUCUAUGGGUUUGCCAAUUCUGGACAUUUUAUACAAACAGAAUUAUAGAAUAUGUGGCCUUUGGUGUGUGGCUUCUCUCACUUAGCAUGUGUUCAAGGCAGGUUCAUGUUGUAGCGUUCCUUUGCAUGGCCAAAUAAUAUUCCAUUGUUUGGCUAUACCUUGUUUUGUCGGUCCAGCCUCUGUUGUGGUUAUCCAUUGGCCAGUCUGGAGAAUGCUGCUGUGAACAACUGUAUAAAGUCUUUAUAUGUUUUCAAGCCCAUGUUUUCAGGUCUCUUGAGUAUAUUCCUAGGAAUGGAUUUGCUGGGUCAAAUGCUAACUCUAUGUUUGACUUUUUGAAGAAUCUGAGACUGUUUCCCAGAGGGGCUACAUCAUUGUACAUCCCCACCAGCAACUUUUGAUUCUUAACUCUCUCCAACUACUUAAAUUUCGUCUUUAGCUGUAGAUUUUAUAAUUGAACACACCACUUCAAGAAUGAGUCCGAUUCAAAAGAGAGAACCACCCUGUGAUACCUACAUGCUGGUAGUUUACUGAUGCCUCCAAAGAUCCUUUGCUGUUAGACCUAAAGUAGAAUGCUGAUGCCAAUCUGUAGUCAUCCCAGGGUCUACUAUGUCACCUGAAUAUUUUUUCUGUUUUACGAAUGCAUAUUUCUUUAACUCACUAAUUA